AUGUGUAGCGUCAUGAAGGAAGUCGGGCGGGACGAAGUCCUUGCAGACCGAGAGUUCGGCCCUGGUCUCCGAACAGGUCCCCUUUUAGGGGGCAUAGCCGUCGGCAUCGUCCUCUCUUUCGAAGACCCUCCUAGGGCAGGACAGCCACGUUGCGACAAGUUUCUCGCCCACCUUAUGGAAGGACAUAUGAAAGAAACUUUCGAAUAUCUACAGGAGCAGGUGGAAGAAGCCAAGCGCAAACACCGCGUAAAAAAGACCGAGGUCUGGUUAUGCUAUCGCGACGUCUCUAGCCUUCGGGAUGACAAGGAGAUGAUUUGGAACUCCCAGAUGAUCUACGCCGAGUACGAACUGGUUGAGAACUUCAUCGAAAUGACCAAGGGUCUCAGCAGCUAUGUGCAGCUCCACGCUCACCACGUCCUUCGUGAACAGGACAUGUGUAUCACCAAAGAUGGCAGAAUUCGGAUCCGGAAGUUGGAAAAGGAUGCUGAUCAAUAA